UUUUUCUUCCAUCGUUCAGCCCUCGGGGUGCGCAGCAUGCAGAGAGAUUGUUGAUGAGAGAAAGAGAGAGAGAGAGAGAGUAAGGAGAAACCAUGCAGUAUCUCAGGCAACCCAGUGAGCCCAGUGACCGAGCCUGACAACCUGAUCCCCCCGGACAACCAGGGAACAGCAGUCUGGUUAACCACAAGACCCGGUGACACACACACAUCUCCAACUGGAGAAAGAGAGAGAAAAAGGGGAAAAGAGAGAAAGAGAGGGUAGACCACCAGAUGUGUGAGAGAGAGCAGAGAGAAGGAGAUGCUCAGAGGGACCGGACAGUGACCAGGAAGGAGACCAUAGGAAGAGAGAGAAAGGAGUGCGACCACUGACAGAACACCUGGGGUUGUAUUGAAAUCUGGAUUGUUUGUAAAGUGGUGUUUGACUUUUGGUUCUGUGCUUCUGUUAAUCUGAGAGACAACAGGAGUUCUGAGAGAAAGUUCUGUGUUACGUCCUGCCUACAGUACUGCCUCUUUGUGGAAGCACUGCGCUACACGACUGCUACAGGUGUUCUGAAGAGGUCAAAAUAUUCACUAAAGAGAAGGAGCACAGAAAUAGGACAGACACAUAGAAAGGAACAUAGAAAGAACAUACAUUUAGUAAGAAAGAAAAAAAUACUUCAGAAAAUCCCAGAAGAACAAAGAGGGUAAGAGAGAGAAUAACAGGUCUAGAGACAGACAGAAACAGAUAGACGAAAAGACAGGAUGGCGAACUCGGGUUUCCAGUUGCUAGGUUACUUCCUGGCAUUGGGUGGUUGGAUAGGCAUCAUCUCCACCACUGUGCUGCCCCAAUGGAAGCAGUCUUCAUACGCGGGUGACGCCAUCAUCACGGCUGUGGGGCUCUACGAAGGCCUGUGGAUGAGCUGUGCCUCACAGAGUACGGGACAGGUGCAGUGCAAGGUGUUUGACUCCAUGCUGUCACUGGACGUGCACAUCCAGACGUGUCGUGCUCUUAUGGUGGUGUCCGUGCUGCUGGGCUUCAUAGGAAUGAUAGUGAGUGUGGUGGGGAUGAAGUGCACUAAAGUGGGCGACAACAACCCCAUCUCCAAAGGACGCAUAGCUGUGUCUGGAGGAGCCCUCUUCCUGCUCGCAGGUCUGUGCACGAUGGUGUCUGUGUCCUGGUACGCCACUCAGGUGUCCUAUCAGUUCUUCAACCCAAACACGCCUAUCAAUGCCAGGUAUGAGUUUGGGUCUGCCCUGUUCGUGGGAUGGGCGGCGUCUAGCUUGACUGUUUUGGGCGGAUCCUUCCUGUGUUGCUCCUGCUCCAAUGAGGAGAGGCGAGGGCAGCAGUACUACCGCCAAUCACAACCAUCCACUGCCAGGGAGGCAGAGUUGUUGAGUGAGACUAGUUUCCCUGACUGACCACCCCCUGCCUUUUUUCGAGGACUGUCCGAGUUACGCUCACUGUUUCCCCUUUCCCUGCUCCUUCCUAGAUUCAAAAUGUGGACCCUUGUCUCUCCGCUAUAGCAUAUGUCGCACCCCUCUACCUCCCCCCCACCAGCCCCACACUCCCUUCCUUAAUGUCUGCACCUUAUCUGUCUCUGAUAUUAAGUUAUCGGUCAACAAAAUGUCCGCCACACCUUUAAGAGCUUGCCACUCCCCUUUCCCUCACCCCCUUGAGGUUGUUUGUAAAUAGGGACUCUGAAAGGAGAAGUAUGGUUAGGUGGUUAGACCCCACCUUUCAGACUAGAGGGGUGGCAUUACUGUAUUUCAUCCUGUGAACCCUUUACUAGAAAUUCCAUUUUGUCAUUUUCUAGUUUAUUUACUGAACUUUAAUUGUAUAGGUAAGAUUUGUCAUGUCAUGUUUUGUUGAUUUCUGCUUCACUGAUAUCCUAUGAUUUCUGGGUUUGUAGAUAUGUGCCUUUUGGUUUUGUUCUCUGAGAUACAAGUGUACAUUUACUGAAACAUGUUUUUUUCUUUUAAAUUGCAGACCAAAUGUUAAAAGUUCCCCACCAGAGAAAAAGGAGGAAUACUUAUAGUUUGGGCGACUCCUUUGGCCCCACGAUGUGUUAGAUUGUUGGCAAAAGGCAAGACACUGUCUAACAAAAACAGACAAGACACUGUCUAACAGAAACAGACAAGACACUGUCUAACAGAAACAGACAAGACACUGUCUAACAGAAACAGACAAGACACUGUCUAACAAAAACAGACAAGACACUGUCUAACAAAAACAGACAAGACACUGUCUAACAGAAACAGACAAGACACUGUCUAACAAAAACAGACAAGACACUGUCUAACAAAAACAGACAAGACACUGUCUAACAGAAACAGACAAGACACUGUCUAACAGAAACAGACAAGACACUGUCUAACAGAAACAGAUAAGACACUGUCUAACAGAAACAGACAAGACACUGUCUAACAGAAACAGACAAGACACUGUCUAACAGAAACAGACAAGACACUGUCUAACAAAAACAGACAAGACACUGUCUAACAAAAACAGACAAGACACUGUCUAACAGAAACAGACAAGACACUGUCUAACAAAAACAGACAAGACACUGUCUAACAGAAACAGACAAGACACUGUCUAACAAAAACAGACAAGACACUGUCUAACAGAAACAGACAAGACACUGUCUAACAGAAACAGACAAGACACUGUCUAACAGAAACAGACAAGACACUGUCUAACAAAAACAGACAAGACACUGUCUAACAAAAACAGACAAGACACUGUCUAACAGAAACAGACAAGACACUGUCUAACAAAAACAGACAAGACACUGUCUAACAGAAACAGACAAGACACUGUCUAACAAAAACAGACAAGACACUGUCUAACAGAAACAGACAAGACACUGUCUAACAGAAACAGACAAGACACUGUCUAACAGAAACAGACAAGACACUGUCUAACAGAAACAGACAAGACACUGUCUAACAAAAACAGACAAGACACUGUCUAACAGAAACAGACAAGACACUGUCUAACAAAAACAGACAAGACACUGUCUAACAGAAACAGACAAGACACUGUCUAACAAAAACAGACAAGACACUGUCUAACAGAAACAGACAAGACACUGUCUAACAAAAACAGACAAGACACUGUCUAACAGAAACAGACAAGACACUGUCUAACAAAAACAGACAAGACACUGUCUAACAGAAACAGACAAGACACUGUCUAACAGAAACAGACAAGACACUGUCUAACAGAAACAGGCAAGACACUGUCUAACAGAAACAGACAAGACACUGUCUAACAGAAACAGACAAGACACUGUCUAACAGAAACAGACAAGACACUGUCUAACAGAAACAGACAAGACACUGUCUAACAGAAACAGACAAGACACUGUCUAACAGAAACAGACAAGACACUGUCUAACAGAAACAGACAAGACACUGUCUAACAGAAACAGACAAGACACUGUCUAACAGAAACAGACAAGACACUGUCUAACAGAAACAGACAAGACACUGUCUAACAGAAACAGACAAGACACUGUCUAACAGAAACAGACAAGACACUGUCUAACAGAAACAGACAAGACACUGUCUAACAGAAACAGACAAGACACUGUCUAACAGAAACAGACAAGACACUGUCUAACAGAAACAGACAAGACACCGUCUAACAGAAACAGACAAGACACUGUCUAACAGAAACAGACAAGACACUGUCUAACAGAAACAGACAAGACACCGUCUAACAGAAACAGACAAGACACCGUCUAACAGAAACAGACAAGACACCGUCUAACAGAAACAGACAAGACACCGUCUAACAGAAACAGACAAGACACCGUCUAACAGAAACAGACAAGACACUGUCUAACAGAAACAGACAAGACACUGUCUAACAGAAACAGACAAGACACCGUCUAACAGAAACAGACAAGACACCGUCUAACAGAAACAGACAAGACACCGUCUAACAGAAACAGACAAGACACCGUCUAACAGAAACAGACAAGACACUGUCUAACAGAAACAGACAAGACACUGUCUAACAGAAACAGACAAGACACUGUCUAACAGAAACAGACAAGACACUGUCUAACAGAAACAGACAAGACACUGUCUAACAGAAACAGACAAGACACUGUCUAACAGAAACAGACAAGACACUGUCUAACAGAAACAGACAAGACACUGUCUAACAGAAACAGACAAGACACUGUCUAACAGAAACAGACAAGACACUGUCUAACAGAAACAGACAAGACACUGUCUAACAGAAACAGACAAGACACUGUCUCAAUGAAAACAAAAGCAGACAAGACACUGUCUAACAGAAACAGACAAGACACUGUCUAACAGAAACAGACAAGACACUGUCUAACAGAAACAGACAAGACACUGUCUAACAGAAACAGACAAGACACUGUCUAACAGAAACAGACAAGACACUGUCUAACAGAAACAGACAAGACACUGUCUCACUGAAAACAAAAGCAGACAAGACACUCUAUAGGAAACACACUCUCAGAAUGUUACAAAAUAAACUCAGAAUACACUUUUGAAGUAAUACAUCUCCAGACCAACCCAAAUGGGUAACUAGUAUUUUAUCAUUCUUAAAGAUGCCCAUGUGUUAAAUGUUUAAAUGUAUUUUAGAAUCUAUUUUGUACACAAGCAAUAUUGAAGUUUUUUUUUAUAGCAGAGUGUUGUUACAGCAAUUGUCCGUGCUCACCUAUGACAUAUAACGGUUAUUUGGAAAAUUGAGAGAGAGUGAACCCGAUUCUGUACUUCUACACAGAAGUGCCCAGGUGCAUAUACCACCACCUCCAGCCUUUCUGCUACAUAUAUGCUCUACUGCAGUGCCUUAUAACGUGUGUCUGUGUGUGUUUUUGACUGUUAUACACGGAUUCCGCAGUGUCACAUCCUAUAUGGAUGAUGCAUAUCGUACCCGUAUUGUAAAACAUAUCCGUGCUCGUCUUUUUCUCUUGCAUUAAAUGAUACACUCAGACAAACUGUUGCAUGCAGUUUUAUCUCGGAACAGAGAUGUUAACUGUACUGUAGCUAGUAUACCACUUAAAUAAACAACAGAAAGACAGAUUUGUAAAUGGCCCUAACAGAUGAAAGCGAAGGCACACCUUGUCAAAGCUGUGAGCCUGUUUGGAAGUAGUACAUGUACUGUAUCCCGGAUUGAGGAUAUUAUACCUGCAUUCUGUUUAGUUAAGUGGCAAUAUGAUUUAGUGUGGAUGGAAGAGAUGUUUUGUUAUUGACUAUGGAGGAUGUUCUGUACUCCAGGUGCUGAAAGCACUGUCUCCUGUACAAGCCCUGUAUUGGCCAGUUUGCGGAAUGUAAUCAGGUCAAACGUGUUUUUUCUGUUGCAUACAUUUAGUUACCAUAUAUUUUCUUGAUCUAAUAUUCUCUAUUAUUAUUUUACUGUAUGUAUCAUCUCAUUUAAUGUAUACUCCUGUCUGUUUAUUUUAGAAUAAAGUAAACGGAUAAAAAC